AUAUAUUUAUAGAAUUUUAGUGUUGUGCAAAAAAUAUAGGAACGUGUAAGAGUGUUAAAUUACCGAAAAUUGUUAACUUUUGUAUCAUUCAGGCAGUGGAUGCGUAAGACUAUCUUUCGAUUUUGAAAUUAUCAAGUUCUCAGCUUCAUUGUUAAAUUUCCGAUUACACAUACAAGCAUACAAGGACGACUACAAGAAUAGCAAUGGCAUUUAGUGGACACGUUGAUUCCGAUGGGGAAAUCGUUUUGAAUGAUGAAAUUUUCUCGGGACGUACGCGUAUUAGCAGCAUUUCAACGCCUUCCGAACAGUCAGAGCUCUCUCUUGGAGAGCAUUCGCUACGUUCAGAUCCUUCGGAUCAUCAUUGGGAGCCUUCCCUAAUGCAGCAUCCUUCGAAUUUAUUAUACAAGAGUCAUGGUGCAUCAUCAUCAUCGUCGUCAGCACCGCUUUCGUUACCGCCUGCAGAGGGUAUCACAUAUACCCACAGUAAAGCUAAUACCAAUUCACUGUAUAGCUUUACCGGUAUGUACGGUUCGCUCAAGCACAUGGAGACACAAAGCAAUCGUGUCCCAUCGCUUGGCCUUACGUCUAAGGCCAGCACCUUAGACUAUAUGCGUGAGAUAGGUGGCUUAAAGAUAGAUCGCGAACCACAACUAGCCUAUGAGACGUGGUAUGCUUCCAAGCAGAUGCUGCGUCAACAGGAGCUACAGCGCCAGAAAGAGGAGCGCGAAAUGGAAAUGGAAAAGCAUGAGCUGCGCAAGCAACUGUCCAAGCUCUGCUACGAGCAAUGGUUGCGCAAUAAGUCGCAGCAGGCGGAGCAGCGGCGCAUGGAUGAGCAUUUGCAGCAGGCAGCGUUGCAGGCAGCCAAUUCUAUGGCGAACCAGAACAAGACAGUGCGUAAUGUACCACAGGCUGAGAUCCGGCAAGUGGUGCAGAGUUGGUGGAUAAAAAAGCAAGAGCAACAGAAGCGUCAGCGCUUAGAGAUGCAGCGUCAUCAAUUGAAAAAGAAACGGGAGGAGCAGCGGCGCAAGCAGCUGGCCGAGAAGGCCUGGCAGAAAUGGAUGACCAAUGUCUAUGGAAAGCCGAAACCGGUGCCCAUGAAUCAGGGCAUGGACUCUCUGCGCGGUAGUGUGUCUGCAAUGUAUGUUAAUCCUUUGCCUUGGCAGCCGCUCAAAAAGGUACAGGAUGAGCUUAAAUAUCAUAAGUGAAUAUUGUUAAUAUAU